ACAUUAGGGCUUCGUUCGCCUUCAGAAAUCAGAAUCCUCAUUCCCUUCCAAUCUCAAUUUCCGAUUUCCGAGUUCGAAUUCAAACCCAGUUCCCCAAUUAGGGUUGUCAAAGUCACAACUUUUUCCUGGCCGAAAUGGACGAUGUGGAAGCCGACGAGAGGUACCACCCAAAACCCUACCACCACAGCUCCUCCAAUCGGCGAACGAUCCACGUCCGGAACAACCCCUAUUCCCGGCCGCCGCCGCCUCCGAAUCGUUACGACCCGGAAGACGACGACGAUUUGGACGAGGAGAGUUACGGCCAAGACGUCGUCGUCGUCGAGCAGCAGUACCAGCACCACCCAAACCACCGGAGCUUCGACGGCGGCGAGAACGGCUGGGAGUGGCACCCGAAGAAGAGAAAGCUGAGGAAUUUGGAGCCGGGUUCGGGUUAUGAAUUCGCGCCCCGGGUCAAAAUGCCGGGUCGGGAGGAGUGGACGGAGCACGCGGUGUUUGUGCUGCUGGAGGUUUGGGGGGACCGGUUUCUGCAGCUGGGGAGGAAGAGCCUGAGGUCGGAGGACUGGGGUGACGUGGCGGCCAAGGUAUCGGAGGGGUGUAAGAUGGAGAGGAGUGAGAAGCAAUGUAGGAGUAUGUUGGAUAUGUUGAAGAGGAAGUAUAAGAAGGAGAAGGCGAAAAUCGACGAAGGAGGGGGUUCGAGUAAGUGGGGGUAUUUUAAGAAGAUGGAAAUGCUGAUGGCGAGUUCCACGAGGCAGGAAUGUGGGUUGGCUUGUGGGGUGGACAAUGGGGAGUUUGUGUUUAUGAAUACUAGGGUGUAUUUGGAGAAGUCGAAUGGGGUUGAUGAGAUGAGGGAUAGUCCGGGGGAGUCGGAGACCGAUGAUGAUGAGAACGAGAAUGUGAGUGAUCAGAAUGGGUUUGGGGGGUUUGGAGGGGGUGGUGGUGGGAGUGGGGGGUUGGGAGGGUCUUCGUAUAGAGUGUUGGCGGAUUCUAUUCAGAAGUUUGGGGAGAUUUAUGAGAGUAUAGAGAGUAGUAAGAGGCAGCAGAUGAUGGAGUUGGAGAAGAUGAGGAGGGAAUUUAAUAUGGAAAUGGAGGUGCAGAAGAAGCAGAUUCUCGAGAGGGCGCAGGCGGAGAUUGCUAAGAUUCAGGAGGCGGAUGAUGAGGAUGAGGAUGAUGAUGACUCUGAUGGUUCUGCUGAGGAUAUCAGCGAAUGAUGGAGGUGGAAUCUGUAAUGAUUGUCAUCCGAGUGGAACCAUCGUUGGAAACUUUUCAACUGUUUCGGAGUGGAAUCAGUUGCUCUGUGCUGAAGAGAGAGGAUUUGCGAGCGUACAUUGUGAAUUCUCCUUGUUUUCUUGUCUCGGGACUAUUAUCUGACUAUCUUAGUGGAACUAAUUUAGAAAAUUUCUACUUUUUUUUUUUCAGAGUGGAACCAUCUGCUCUGUAUUCAAGAGAAUGAAUUCUUGGAAAUUUUAUCCACUCUGAUAUAUGUAAUUGGAUAAGGAUGGAAGCCGAUAAUUAACAUGCAACAUAGUCAUCAUUAUAUAUUUUGCAGUCAAUUUCCCUAUCA